CCAUGGCCGAGGCGGCGGGGAGCGGCGGCGGCGGGUCCUGGAAGCGUCACAUCGUCCGGCAGCUGCAGCUCCGGGACCGGGCGCAGAGCGGCCGCUUCCUGGACGUGGUGCAGGCCUAUACCAAACUGUUGGAAAAGUCCAGCUUGCUGGUGCAUUUCACAGAGAAGCUACAGGCUGAGUCCUUUGAUCUACAAGCCCCUAGGUCAGGGCGGGAAACUAACGGCUCCACGCUGGAACCAGGCCUGGGCUCCCCAGAAGCGCUGCAGGCCCUGAAGAUAAAGUACCAGGGACAAAUUGCGGAGAUGAAAGGUGUCAGUGGGGAGUUGGCGUAUCGAAUUAUUGAACUGAGCAAAUUACUCAAGGCCAAAGAAUGUAAACUGCAGGAGCAGAAAACGAGGCUGGCAUCCCUGAGCGGGCGGAUCUCUGAGCUGGAGGCAGAGUAUCAGCAGCUGAAGGGCCGGGCGGAGGAUCUGGGCAACGGGAACUGUGCCAGGAAGGCGGAAUACGAUGUCCUUCAUGAGCGUUAUCGGCUCCGGGAGGGGGAGCUGCGGCGAGCAGCCGAGAAGGAGCAGGAGCUGAUUGAGAGCCUGGUGCGGAAGAAAGUGGAGGCUGCCGAGCACCAGAACAAGAAGAACGAGAGGGUGAAGCAAGCCCGGCUGUCCAGGGAGCUGAAGAAGGCGACGAAGAGAACUGUCAGUAUUGAUGUGGAAUCGGACGAGCUGAAGCCGGCAGAGGUGAAAGUGCCCGUCCGAGAGCUGGUGGAACUGGAGGGCUGCGAGAAGCUGUGGAAAAGGCCCUUCAGAUCAGCCUCCGCCACGUCCAUGACUCUGGCCCGGUGCGUGGAUGUCUUCAAGGGCCUGCUGGAUUUCAGGCUGAAACGAGGGAACUCCAUCACCAGCGGCUCGGAGGUGCGCUACCGCUCCAUGCCUAUCUGCCUCGUCACCUGCCUGCCGUCCCGAGUCAGCGACGUUCAGGAGGCGCACUUCUCCGAGGUAAACGCAGUCAAGUUCAGUCCCAGCUCUGGUGUGCUGGCCACGGGCGGGGCCGACAGUCUCAUCAGGCUCUGGAACGUGGCCGGAGGGAGGCUGGAGAGCCUGCAGACCUUGGAAGGGGCUAACGGCAGCAUCACCAGCAUUGAGUUUGACCCAUCGGGCUGCCAGAUCUUGGCGGCGGCGUACAACAACGCAGCGCAGCUGUGGCAUAUCGGGGACUACAAAUCCAAAGAGACGCUCACGGGCCAUGCUGACAAAGUGACAGCUGCCAAAUUCCGUUCCACCCGCCUCCAAGCGGUGACGGGCAGUCGGGACAGGACAGUCAAAGAGUGGGACCUGUGCAGAGGGGCCUGCUGCAGGACCAUCAACGUCUUCUCCUACUGCAACGAUGUGGUGUGCUGUGACAACGUCAUUGUGAGCGGCCACCACGACAAGAAGAUCCGCUUCUGGGACAGCAGGGGGCCCCGAUGCACGGAGGUGAUUCCAGUCAAGGGGAAGGUCACCUCCCUCCACAUCAGCCAGGACCAGAUGCACCUGCUGAGCUGCUCCAGGGACAACACCCUGAAGGUCAUCGACCUGAAGAUGAACAACGUCCGGCAGGUGUUCCGGGCCGACGGCUUCAGGUGCGGCUCGGACUGGACGAAGGCGAUCUUCAGCCCUGAUAAGAGUUACGUGCUGGUGGGCUCCUCGGAUGGCUCCCUCUACCUCUGGAACAUGGAGAGCGGGAAGCUGGAAACGAUCCUGUCUGGGGAGCACAGGGCCUCCGUGAAUGCCGUGGCGUGGUGCUUCUCGGGCCAGUGCGUUGUGAGCGUGGACCAGGCGAAGAAGGUGGUGCUCUGGAAAUAGGGCUCAGCAUGUUGCUGGGCUGCGGAGGAGUAAUCCAGAGAGGCCAUCAGCCCCUCCUUUAUCUGCAGCCCUGCCAACCCCUGCUGCUACUGUUCUGCUCCCAAGGACCAAAGCAGCCCAGGGCUGGAGAGUUGACAAGGUCCCGGAGGGGCAGAGGUGGGGUUAGAAGCUGCAUCGGCUGCUCUCCAAAGACCUCCGCCUCUGCUAGCAAUGGCAGCCGGGGCACUUCGCAGGAUGCUGACGCUCUGUAAAAGGAAGAUUAGAAAACCAAGGACAAGUUUUCUAUCUCAGACAGCAGGAGCGGGAGGCUGCUGGGCCAGCGUCUGAGGAACGGGCCCGUCGUGCCUGAGAAAGGCAGACGUACCGACCAGACUCCAGCGAUGGGAUGUUCGGGAGGGCGAGGAGCAGUUUGUGCCUGGCAUUUAACCCUGAGGCAGGGGGUGACAAGCUCACUCUUGUGUCUGGGAGCCCGGGCGUGAGGAUUCGGCCUUUCCAAUGUGCUUGAGCGGCCGCUGCAUUGUAAGCCUGCAGCCAGGUCUCUCAGACACGCUAAUGCAUCCGCACAGCCCGAUGCAGCGCUUCUGACAUGGGUCUGUGGCCUGAGCUGCGUCCGCACUGCAGAAGUACGGGGCCUGGGCCUCGGACUCUGACCCACCCCCCCAGCAGAGCCCUAGGACGCUUGCCGACCCAAGUCAGGCUCACGUGUGUGCAUGGAAGCAGAGUUCAGCUCCAGCCCGAGUCAGAGCCAAGGCUUAGUGUGCAGUGCCGACAUACCCAAGGGGUUAGUGAGCUGGGUCUCUAGGCUCUGCCCCACCCUGCCCAAUCGGUGCCUCCCACAGGCGCCUAAGGCUAACUCUGCCUGAGGGGGAGAGGCAUGAGAUCCCGGAACCAGUGCAGCCUGUGGCCAAGCUCCUGUUAACUGCAGUGGGACUAGGAGAGGGGGCUGCUUUGGGAAUAGUGGAUCGCCUCUUGGGAUACCAGGGAGCACCAUCUCCGUGGCCUGGGCAGUCGUGCCAAGCCAAGAGCUACAGACGCCAGCCUUGUGGGCUCCACGCAUGGGCCUGGGCACUUUUCCCCAGGAGUGAGCCGCUGAGCGACUGUCUCCUCUCAUUCCUUCCUGCCUCUGCUCAGUGGUUCUAAACUGUGCCUGGGGGCGUCCACAGGACAGUCUAAUCCCCUGAUCUGAUUCCACACCAGCAAUGGCAAAACAGGGCUGGGGGGCCCGAGUUCAGCCCGCUCUGCCAUGCGAGCCACAGAGUUCAUUUGUCAUCCCAAAUAACCUUUUUGCCUUUUGAGCGUUUGCCUGCUGGGGGAGAGGCCCUGCUGGGAGCGCAGGGCACGGCCCGGGGUGGGUGUACUCAUCCGGGUUGAGCUGCCCCUGCCAUUGUGCCGUGGCCGUACAGCAGAACGGGCAGGGCAUGGCCGGGUGGAACACACGUGCAGCGGGCUGCACCAGGCAGGACCCCACCAGUUCUGCUGCUGAAUGUGCACCUGCCUUGCGUGGGGGGCUGUCAUAACAUUUUUUCCCAGAUCUGGACCUUAGCGUCCCAAAUAUGGGUGUUAGCAUGAAAACCUCCAA